AUGAAUUACCGUAUUUGCAAGGGAAUAGCUGUGGAUUUACAAGCCUACUUGGACAACUAUUUGUCGGCACUGAGCUUCAUGGACUCAAAGAAUAUUAUUCAGCAGCUACCACCAAGUCAGGAUUCUGUGCAACUGCAAGGUCAACGCCCAACUCUAUAUGCAUCAGUCCCACAGAACGAGUUAGGGAAUCAAAAGCAGCAGAGCACUUUGCAGUCAAAGCUACAGUUGCUGGAAGUUAACAUGAAGCAUCAGCGGCGGCGAAUGAGGGACUACCUGCAACGGCGGGACUUGCCAUCUAUGCAUCCUUUCAAUGCCAAUGACAAUGGUAUUGCUUAUUGGAGAAGAAACGGUGGUGUUUGUCUUCAUUUGAUAGUGCUAGACUUCAUGCCAUUGGUGUGUUCUCCCAGACAGAUAUGUCCCUUCUGGAUUAAUGGUGUGGAGUAUGGAAAGGCAGUUCAUGAGACUGUCUAUGGCCAGCUUCAUGUUGUUCGUGAGGGUAAAAUUCGUAUCAUCUUCGCACAUAAUUUAAAGGUGAGCUAUAGCCCACUGCAUGAGGCUGGUGGAUUCUAUAACACAUUAUCUUAUAUUCUUGGCGUGCUUUUCAGAUACUUCGCCGGGAAUUUUGUUCAAGGGACUAUGAAGAGCUGUUGCCUCAAAGUUCAAUUCUACCUAAGGUUAUUAUCUGCUGGGUGCAAGCUUGAAAGAAAUUUGGACUUGCAGUUGGUUGAUGAUUUGGGGUUUUCAAUUAGAUCUGUCGGUUGCUUCCAGAUUGCUGAUAGAUUCAACUGUAUGAAAGACUUAAUGACUUUUAGCUGGGAUAAUAAAGUUGGACCAAUAGGUUUGCCAACUGACCCAAAUAAGCUCCCUACUUCUCAUGUUCUUGGUGCCAACAACAAUGAUGACUUGAACAUGAGCAAGGUUGGACUAUUGAAUGGUGCUGACGUGGUGCGUCACUGUAUAUUUCCAAGACAGUCUUGCUUCAACUCAAAUGUGGGUGAACUGAAACAGCCAUCCCUUCUAUGCAAGAGGUGUGAAAGAAGUGUAUCUUCCACACCAUCUCAAGGUCCCAAGACUUUGAGUACAGAAUUGAACCAGAAGUGGGCAUUUCCCAGUCUCCUUUCCUCUGGAGGUAGCCAGCAUAGACCGGAGGAUGCAGUACACUCUAAAGAUUGA